AUGGAGGGAGAGAAACGGUAUGAAUGGAGACGCGAAAUAUCGUUGUCAUUUGGAUGCUUUAAAGUUAAGAAAGAUGCUGAGGUUUAUACCCUUUUCUUAUUGUUAAGAGCAAGAAUAUUCCCAUGAUGGACCGCAAAAACUAGCAACCAUUUGUGCAAUACCUCUUUUUAAUACUAUAUCUAAAUCAAAAGUGGUAAUCGUCAAACUAUUACUAGUAAAAUGACCAUGGAGACAGAGAUAGAUCAUUAAGACCUAAUGUCCCACAUGUCUUUUAUCAUGAUAAUCUGAGCUGGAUUUAUUAAGAUUUAUUUUUUUGCAAAAAUACAUUUAUACUUCCUCCUCCCUUACACUAAAGUGAAUUUUUGAUCUUUUCAUACAAUUUAUGAUAUAAAAAUGAUUUCUUUAUAGUACUAUAAUUUCAAAAGAAAUAAGUAAUCUAUCAUUUAAAAAAAAUUGUGGAACUGAUGAAAUAUGUUUUUUUAUAAAAUAUAAUUUAAAGUUUACUAAUUAUAAUAUAGAAGAACAUAUUCAAGUAGUCUAUAGCUAGUAUGUUCAAAAAAAUUUAAAAUUCAUCAAUGGAAAAUCAUAACUGGUUGGUUAAACCAGAAUAAAGUAAGAAAAUUGAUAAAUAAAAAGUGAUGUAUGUGAGUGAUAUUUAUAAACCGACCAUGCCCAUGUGUAAUAACCUCACCCACAGCUAGCAAUAAAGAACCACAUUGAAAAGAAUAAAACCAAGAGAUAUUCUCCCAAAAGAAAGACACAAAAAAUGGAUAUUCCAAAGAGAAACCUUUGAGAAUAUUCUUCUAAAACCUAUUAUAACCUCAUCAUCUUCCUUUCUUCUUCAUCCCUACACUAAAGUUUUCCCAAAGAAACAAAAAAGAAGCAUGAAGUUCGGUAAGAGUCUGAGCAACCAGAUCGAGCAGACGCUGCCUGAAUGGCGUGACAAGUUCUUGUCUUACAAAGACCUCAAGAAACGACUCAAGCUCAUCACCUCCACAACUCAAGAUCGUCCCACUAAACGUCUCCGAGUUGACGCCGAGUGUUCCCUAGGAAUGUCCAAAGAAGAGAUCAGUUUUAUUCAGUUGCUGGAGAACGAGUUGGAGAAGUUCAACAAUUUCUUCGUUGAAAAAGAGGAAGAGUACAUCAUCAGAUUGAAGGAGUUGAGAGAUAGGAUUGUAAAAGCUAAGGACUCAAAGGAGAAGAUGAUGAGAAUGAGGAAGGAGAUUGUUGAUUUCCAUGGAGAGAUGGUUCUCCUUGAGAACUACAGUGCCUUAAACUACACUGGAUUGGUUAAGAUACUGAAGAAGUAUGACAAACGAACCGGUGAUCUCAUGCGCUUACCUUACAUACAAAAAGUUCUUCAGCAACCCUUUUACACGACUGACUUGUUGUACAAGCUAAUAAAGGAAUCCGAGGCAAUUCUUGAUCGGUUUUUCCCAGCUACACAAGAAUCUGAGGAUCCUACUGAUGCGACAGAGUCUGAGAAUAUCCAAGCAGAGCUCUCAGAGCACAAGUUCAUGGAGAGCCUCCACAUGAAAAGUACAAUAGCUGCUUUGCGUGUAUUGCAAGAAAUCAGGAGCAAAAGCUCCACAGUCAGUGUCUUCUCGCUGCCGCCACUCCAGUUAAACGGGUUAGAUGAGACAUGGAAGAAGAUUCCGUUGUUGGAGCAAGAAGCCAAAUAGAGUGAGAGAGAUGGAGACACUUCUUUUCCACUUAGAAGCUAACAGAUUAUAAAACCAGACACAUUAUCAAUGUGGACAUCUUUUGUCCUUAUUAUUAAGUUCUUUGUGGUUGUAACUUUGUUUCUGUGUUGUGUGUACUAAUCGAUGUAGUAUACCACUUCAGAUUUGUUACUUGUUGAUUCUCUUUUUUUAUUCAAAGCCAUUUUGCUCAA